AUGGACGAGAUUACAGAAAGCGCAACCGGUGAGUCCAUCAUUUUCGAGAUGGAUCUAGAUAUUGAGGAAGAUGUCGACGCUUGCCUCGCGGAGUUUGUCUAUCGCGUUCGACUAGGUCUUCACGAAGAUGCCUAUUAUCUGGCAGAAAAAAUCCUGUCACAGCAUAUAGGAUAUUUCCCCGUCUUUGCAGAGCUUGCGGCCUUCUUUAUUACGAGACAAGAAGUAGGGGCUGCAUCGGAGCUGAUCAUCGACCUCGCUGCAAGAAGAAUUGUAUUUCUGAGGACUGACGAACAGGAAUUUCAUCAGAUGGUAGCUCUAUUUGCCAGGCACAGAUUAUACGACUCUACACUCGCCGCGUUAUCCCACAAAGAGAAGUUGAAGUUGGAGACUUCGGGGUCAGGGAACGGAGUACGCGCUUUAUGCUCUCCUUUUCUCGAGAUUGACUACAACUCCAUUGCGCAGUUACAAAAUAUAGAAAUACGCCUAUAUGACGUCCUAGUGAUGGGGCAGUAUGGGAGUCUAUCUGACGUGGUUGGAUUUGCCUUCGAUCAUAUCCAAAAGCUCAUCGGGUUGAGCCUCUUACGCGAAGCCACCGAGAUAUUAUUGUAUAUGAGCGUAUACCUCCACAACACUGGUCAAGAAUAUGACAUCGUGAAUCUGUAUAGUAACCUGAGCGAGCUGCUAGAGCAGCGUUCGAAGACAUCAGCAGCAAACGACGAGAUAAAAGAUGUGCUCCUGACAAAGACAAUGGCCAAGACUGCCCUAUUCAUUGCCCUUCGCGGCAAGGUACAGUCCCCGCCGGCGGUUGGCCUAUUUGAAGACAUUGAUGAGCUCUUUCAGGACAUUGAAGAUUCGACCAACAUUUUAUUUUCAAUGAUUGCGGAUACGAAGCCUCCUCGAUCGCUAAUUAACCGCUUACUUACGCGUUGGCACCUGUGGAAGCAUCCUCCUCUUGCGGAAAAAGAUGUAUCUGUUCAAGGCAGAUCAGAUGUCUCCGAUGCUACUAAUGUCGAGCACGCCCGAGAGAAAGGCGUUCAACCCCUGGACGAGAAAACGAACCUCGAACCCACAGGAAACUAUCUUAUAGAACCAGACGGACCCGUAUACAUCCAAAAGCCUAAGGCAGCAACGUACAUUCAAUCAUCUCGGGAAGACGUAUAUGUUCAAAUUCCUCAGGAGGCGGUUUACGUUCAAGCGCCUGAGCAGGAAACAUACGUUCAAGGCCCGCAGGAGACGGUUUAUGUGCAACAACCAGAGCAGGUGACAUACGUACAAGCCGCUAAGGAUACCGUAUACGUUCAAGCGCCUCAGCAGGUAACAUACGUGCAAAGUCCUAAAGAUACAGUAUAUGUGCAACGGCCUGAGGAGGUAACCUACGUUCAAGAACCCCAAGAUACAGUAUACGUUCAAGAACCUGCACAGAUAACAUACAUCCAACAACCACAGGAAGCAGUAUAUGUCCAUGAACCCAAGGGACCCGUGCGUAUUUACGAACCUGAAGGCGACGUCCAUAUUUACGCAUCCAAAGCUCAGAUUCACCUCUAUGAGCCUGCCGAAAUCCACAUCCAUAAAUCUCACCAGAACGUCAAUGUGUAUGAGCACGAUGCACAUGUCGACAAGGAUAAUGGCCUCCUGCAUGCCCACGAUGAUCUGGAAGAGCAAGAGCCGCUUCCCCCGUACACAGCAGACUACAAAAUACCAGAAAAAAUUGUCCUCAACCAGAGGCAGAAGCUAUAUGAAAUGGGAGUAAUCAAGAGCAUGGUUGAAAAACUCCCAGACCCUCCGGAGUAUACAGGACUUACCAGUAGCGAGGAGAUGGGGUAUGAUAAUGCAGAGUCUCACGAUGUUUUGCCAACUCCGGAGACCAAAGAAACUGAUACAAAGAAUAAUACCUUCACGAGCGACAACGAUGUAGAGCACGGCCUGAAAUUUGAGCCGGAGGAAGAAGGAGCCACUACCGUGGUGGAAACUGCCAAUGAUCUUGUCACAAAAGUCAUCCAUGUCCAGGAUGACCCAAAUAUGUCUGUGGUGACCUUCCGUGUGAUUUUCCUUGGCCUCGGACUUUCUAUCUUCGGCUCCGUCCUUCAGGAAAUCUUUUACUUCAAACCGCAGACUAUCUUUGUCUCUUUGGUUUUCUUGACUGUUUGGGCCUACAUUCUCGGUGAUUUAAUGGCUGUGCUCAUUCCGACAAGCAUUGAUUGGAAGAUUGGUGGCUUGCACAUCACUGAUGGUGGCUUACUACGUUAUCUAAACCCGGGUCCCUUCAACUCCAAGGAGCAUGCUGCAAUCACAAUCAUGGCAUCAGCAGCUGCGCAGUCAGCAUUGGCUACCGAGGCACUCGCUGCUCAAUUCCUUUUUUACGGGGGCUAUCCGAGUAAAGGAGCCGGCAUUUUUAUUGUCUUGACAUCUCAGCUCCUCGGCUUUGGUGUUACUGGGCUUUUGCGCGACGUGCUAGUAUUUCCAACGAAAAUGAUCUGGCCAAUGACAAUCCCGGUUUCCAGUUUGCUUGAGACAAUCCACCGUGACCGAAAGGAGACUAAGCGGAAAAUGCGAAUAUGGUAUGCUGUAUUCCUGGCUGUCUUUUUAUGGGAACUCUUUCCCGAGUAUAUCUUCACAACCUUGAUUGGCAUUUCGGUCUUCUGUCUUGCAGAUCAGCACAAUCUUUUCUUUACCAAUUUCUUUGGCGGAGCUACAGGAAACGAAGGCCUCGGGGUGCUCAAUAUUUCGCUUGACUGGAAUUAUAUUGCUCCUUUUUUCAACCCGCUUUGGUAUCCCCUUCAAAGUACUGUGAAUACCUUGAUUGGAAUCAUUGGUUGUUACGCGCUUCUCAUAGGUUUAUACUACGGUAACGUUUGGGAAGCCAAGAGUCUCCCUUUCAUGUCUCAAAACCUAUUCAAUCUUACGGACACAAAUUCCACAACCUACAAUAUUUACAACCAGUCCCUCAUCUUGAAUCAAAACUUUGAAAUUGACAAUACAAAGCUCGAGGCCGAGGGUCUUCCACAUUUGACAGCAACCUACUUAGCCUAUCUUCUCACCACAAACAUGGGCAUGACGGCAACAAUCGUAUAUAUGCUUUUGUGGAACCGAGACGAUUUGAAGGCUGCGUGGAGCUGGGCACACCCGUCACAAAUUCGGAAAAACUUUAGUCUCCAAAGGCUUCAGUUCUGGCGUAAUCAGGAGACACCCGAGGAGAGACUGCAAAGAAAGCAGGACGAUUCGACUUUGGACCCCCAUUACAAGCUGAUGCUAAGGAAUAAAUACGCAGAGGUGCCUUUGUGGUGGUGGGGGCUCGUCCUUGUUCUCAGCUGGGCUUCCACUUUACCCUGGUGGGGAUUUCUGGUUUCUACAUUCUUCACUUUCAUUUUCGUCCUCUUUUUCGGCUCCCAGAUGGGAAUGACAGGGUUUCAAUUCAAUCAACAACCAAUUUGUCAGAUGCUUGCCGGAUAUAUGUUCCCUGGUCGUCCCCUUGCCAACUUUUACUUCACUUGCUUCACGUUCAAUGCAACUCAACAGGCUCAGCUCCUGGCUAAAGAUCUGCGACUGGCUCAGUAUUCACAUUUACCACCACGCAUAACCUUUGCGGUUCAAAUAGCAGGCUGCAUAGUUGGAGGGCUGAUGAAUUGGGUCAUCAUGGAUACUAUUGUAGCCGCACAAGAGCCUCUCCUGAUAUCGAUUCAGGGCUCUAGCAUUUGGUCCGGACAGAACAUUCAACAGUUCAACUCUCUAGCUAUUGCAUGGAGCAUAGCGCCCAAACUUUUCAGUAUUGGUGCGCGUUAUGAAUGGGUUACGAUUGUUUUCCUUUUGGGAUUCCUUGUCCCUGUUCCAGCAUACAUUAUGUACAAGAUCACUGGCAACCGACUUUGGGGCUAUCUUAACCCGUCAAUCAUUCUCUGGUUUAUGGGAAAUCUCUUUGUUGGAAUCAACAGUGGGUUCACGACCUUCUUCAUUGUCGCGUUCGUCUUCCAAUGGUAUAUUCGAAAAUACCACCCCAGAUUCUUCGUCGAAUGGAACUAUCUCAUCUCAGCGGCGUUGGACGGCGGUACACAGAUCAUGGUCUUUAUUCUUACAUUCGCUGUAGCAGGAGGCAGUGGCACCGCUCACCCUUUCCCUACCUGGGCAGGGAAUCCUGACUUGUCGCUCCAUAACACAGACUACUGCAUGGUCAAUCCCGCAAAUCAGUGA